UUUUAGCUUUAAUUUUUUUUGUAGUUGUUUUCAUAAUAAUGCUUUAAAUAUUUUGAUCAUGGUGCUCCACCAUCGUGGAGUUUUUUCUUACAUUUAUGGAAGCAUUGUUGACUACAUGUCAGCAAAACCCCCUAUGGCCGUUAUGAUGAUUUUUGUUGCUGCUUUGUCAUUGAGUAUUUUUUCACUUUCAUGGUAUAUUACAUCAAAUGACAUGGUUGAUGUUACUACAACCAAGUUGUUUAAUGGCAUGCUGAACAAUUUUGCGGAUUUAACAUUUUGUCUUGUAAAUUCAACAGAAAUAUCAAAUCCUAUUUUUGAACAAGAAACAGUUGAUAUUGCAUUAAAUCUAAAAGCAAUUAUUAGCGGAAUUUCCAUAAGUAAUUUCUCUAAAAUGGAAAGCACUGUUCAAACUUUUUUGUUGCUUCCAUUAGAUCAUGAUUUUCAUAGUAUUGGUGUGAAAGCUUUUUUUGAAGAAAAAUAUAUUGGCAUGCAAAGAAAUAACACAGUUAAUACAUGUGUUAUUUUAUCAUUAAGAAAAAGUAUGCUAACAGAACAAAUGCCACUAUAUCUUUGCAAACCACCAACAAAUGUUUUAAGAAGUGAUCAAAAUGAAAUAAUCAAAAUGCAACCUCAGUUUCAUGGGAAGAGAAUGCAGAAGCGUUACCAGUGUGCUUCAGAGUUACAGAUGAAUUUUCUAUUGGAUAAAAAUGGAAAAUAUGAUAUUUACUUAAACCUUUGGGAAAAGUCAAAACUGAUUUCAAGACUUCAAACAGGAAGUUUAAUAUUUUUAGCCAUCUUUUUUUCUGGGUUAUUAUACAUUAUCUUUAAAGGAAGAAAGGUUUGUUUAGAUUUUAUUUUUGCAUAUUCAAUUCUUGAGUGAGAUUUUACACGAAACUGACUCAUUCAAUUUCAUAAAGUACUCUACAUCUUUUUUUACUUGUAUAAAAAAUCUCACUCCCUUUUCCUUAUGCAGCCAUUUUAAA